CCGAUCAUCGUUCAGCCUUGCCUUCUGACACAGCCUCUCCUCUCCCUCCGCCCGAGGGUUGGUCUGACUCUACGCUCCCCCGUCAUGAGGCAUCGGUGGAUCACCUCAGAUGGAUGAUGCCAACCCUCAUCCUUCCAUUUGCCCCAAAUACUUCAUCACCGUUCCUUUAUCAUCAGGAGUGCUCGCAGUGAGAAAUGACAGCUUCACGCUGCACCUCAGGCUCCCUGGUAUUUCCAGCGAACAGGCAGUCGAGAGACAAGCGCGCGCGAAGAUGCACUACCCUUCGCAUCCCCCUGUUCCCGCGCCUACGAGAGCAUCGUGGGGCGGUGCUUGCUGGGAUACAUCGUCAUGCGCAUCGGCUGUUUCGUCGACCUUCAUGCAAGCUUGAGUGGUCCAAGAUCAUGUACCGUAAGGGAAGGACAUACGCCGCUCGAGGCCGAUGCAGGGCAGCAGAAAGAUUGCUACUUGGCGCAUUGGUCCUCUAUCAUUCCAAUCGUUACUCCAUCAGCCUGAAUGCGAGUUCGUUUGCGGAAUCCCUCAACUCCCAGCCAAAUGACACAAUAUCUCUCAUAAACCACCUUGAACGUCUCGCAGACUGGUACGAAACCCACCAACUUUGGGACGAGGCCUGGACCUGCAGGACUGUCGUACUAACUGAGAGCGUUCUUGCUUUCCCACCGUCAGGCGAGAGAGUCAGAUUUUGUACUGUCCGUCUAACUAAACUCCUUUACUGCACAAAGAAAGUCGACGAACUUAGGGAUAUUCUACAAGGUGUCUUGCGGGCACAGGAUGAAGAAAGGCCAACGCCGAGCCUCGCGCGUCUAACUACGUUGUCUGUUUUAAGCAUCACAUACUGGGAACUGUUUGACGAGAAAAACUCAGCAGAGGUCUGUGAGCGCGCACUGCGUGAGAAACAUGCGCUUGACGGUCAGAACGGGGAACCGGUGGAUCAGUCCAUUCUCAGUCCAUCACUUUUCCUGCUGCUGAGUAGUUUUGUUAACGCACCGGAGACGCAUGCGAUUCGAGAUUUGUUUGCGUGGUUAGACGAGCGCGGGUUGUUGAAAGGGCGGAUGAAUGGGGUCUUCUGGGGCGUAUCUGGUGUGGCGCGUCACCAUGAGAGAAGAGGAAAAUUUGGACCUGCGGCCCAUCUGUAUGAAGUCGCUGUUGAGUAUUCAGAAAGAAUAGGGGCCGAGGGAGAGGACUGCGUUGCAUUAGCCCUCUAUGGUUUCCGCACGAUGUUCUUCAAGGAUAAUCUGAGCAAACUUUACAUCCGGCUGAAUCGACGAGCCACUGCGAGGGAGCUGUUGGCGAAUGCGAUCAAGAACGACAGCUCAUUUCUGUCCCCAAAGAGCCUACAUGACUUUCGCGUGCGGCUUGCAUGGCUUCAUAAGCAGGAGAAACAAUGGGCCGAGGCAGCCGCAGUAUACCGAGAAGAUAUCCAUGCCUUGGAGACACACGAGAUCCAAGAUUAUCGUGAACUCCGACGCAUCAAGGGAUAUCUCGCCAAGUGUCUCAUUGAUGAAGCAAAAGCCGGUCAAUCCGGGCCAGGUACUGAAGAAGAAGUCGAGUCAGUCGCUCGCAGUAGAGCCAAAGAGUCCAUCUCUUUACUGCUCGGCAUGCUGGAAUCUUAUGGGACAAGGAAGGUUACGCCGGUGGACAUAGGGCAGAUAAUAGAAGAUCUGACGUGGGCAUACCAUACACUCAAACUCGAAGAUCCGACCGAAGAAGCCUACAAAAAGGCCGCCCAACUACUUGGAACGUCGCAGGCCAACGAGAACCUCGCGGAUCUCUACGUGCGUCGCGGUAGGCUUGCCGAAGCAAUUCCCCUGCUGUCGUGCAGUCUACAGGAUUUAAUAUGGCAACGUGCGAAUAACGAUGACAAGAAUCAUGAUGAUCGCAUCGUAGCUGUCGCCCAUAAAUUAGUCUGGGUUUACAGUAGGCUCUCUCGUCUGGACGAAGCAACUGCCGUAUGCCAUCAGGUGAUUUUGGUGAAUGGGUGCCUACGAACACGGCAACGCCUCGGACAGAUUUUACUUAAUACAAAGAAGUGGCGUGAGGCUAUCUCUGUUCUAAUAGCUCUUUUUCAGGUCACAACAAAAGUACCAGAGCGUACAUUGGACGCUCGUGACGCAAUUCAGGACUUUGCCUACGCAUGCCUAGAGUUGAGUCAGACUGAGGAGGGAGGAGGUAAGGAUAAGGAGACUCUGAACUCAUCGUACACGCCGUCAAUGAGGCUUGUUGAAGAUAUGCUCGAUGGUGACCGUGCGGCGACACUUCAGUUUAGGGAAGCGGUUGCACACGGUUAUCUCACUCGGUGGGACGCCGUUAAGGCAGCCACAGUCUUCGUCGACGUCCUUGAUGAGUGCGGAAAGCAAACUGGAUACAGGAAGAUAGAUUGGGACACUCAUUACGAAAUGCAAGGGCUGCAAAUGGCUCAAGAUAUGUAUGAAGCCGCCAUUGGCAGGCCUGGCGUUGACGCGCCUAUCCUCUGGUCCAAAAGAAGGCUUGCCAAUGUUUACCACGAGCAGGGAAAAAUCAAAGAGGCGGCCAAACUGCGCGACGAUGUUUUCCAGCAUACGGAGACACGAGAAGAUUGUCAGCACUCUCCGGCUCUAUCCGCUAUUCGUCGUUCUUUGGGCACGGACUACUACAACUGCGGUGAGUGGGUCAGAGCCGAGAAUAUAUUCCGUUGGAUGAUCGAGGCAGAAGAGACGCCAAAUGGAGCCGAUAAUUUGGCUAUAUUAUCAUUACAGAGCCAGCUAGCUCGUAUAAUCCGUGAGACCGGCCGUCAUGAUGAGGCUAUCGCUCUUCUGGUGCAUGUGGUGGAACAGCUUGAAUGUGAGCAUCCCACCGCGCAUAACACCCUGCGGAGCGCACGGGUGCGCCUUUCCUCGACUUUUAUGGACAUUGAUCUUUGCGAGCAAUCUGCUGCCGUUUUCGAAAAGGUCCUAGCAACAGACGAGGCGAUCCUGGGCGCUCAGCACGAGACGACAAUGGAUACAAUGAGAUACCUCGCGAAAAGGUAUUACAGAGGAGCUAAUAAAGACAAGGCUGAAUGUCUCCUGCAAGAUAGUCUAGCAACUAAAGUUGCUACCCUAGGGCCGAGUCAUAAGGCCACCCUUGCGGCACACUUAGCCCUAGCGGAGCUGUAUUUUGCGGAGGGCAGAGACAAUGAGGCGGCGUCGAUGUAUGCCGUUCUGAGGCCGGAGCAAAUAAGGGUCGGUCGUUUUCAGAGCAAUCUGACCUUACGCUCAAUAUCCAACUUGUCAGCGCUUUUGCUUGAUGACUCAUUACCAGAGGAUAUGCGACUGAAGUUAGUGUCUUUCACAGAAGAGCUGCUCCAGCAACUGCGCUAUGAACUUCCAGCGGAUCAUCCUGUGGCGCAAGACAUAUCAGACUCUAUCUGCAAGUAUUACUGUGAGCAUCGCAAGCUUGAAAGCUUGACGAAUAUGGUACUCAUGGUUCUGGCGUGGCGUGAGAAAGACCUGGGUCAAAGCCAUCCACUGACCAUGCGGUCACUGAAACAGGCCGGAUGGUCACUCGAGCGGGCCGGCGAGCACGAAGGCGCUAGAGAGCUUUUUAAGCGUCUGGUACAAGUCAGCACUGAUUUACUUGGGGCAAAUCACAGUGAUACGAUCACUGCGGCUAGACUCUUGGAGAGGGUCGAGGCAGGCCGUCUGGAUGACAAUCACGGUUUCCACCCGUUUAUGCCCCUUCCGGUAAAACACAAGCGGUUCCAGGAAGAGGAGGGGGAAGAAUCAGAGCAUGUGGACAUCUCAAACCCGAGUGAAGACAGAGAGACCGCCUUGAAUCAAGCAGAGCUCCAAGCCCAGCGGGCCCUGUAUCGCAAGGAGAUUCAGCUGGGAGCACUGCAUCCGGAGACAUUAACGAUCGCAUAUCAGUUAGGAGUGCUAUACCACUCACACGGCAAGGCAGACGAAGCAGAGGCUAUGUACACACGCGCCUUAGAAGGUCGGAGACGUUCACUAGGCGAAAGAGAUCAUGCGGUGUUAAUGGUGAUGAACUCCCUUGCCGAACUGAUGACAAGCGUACGGAGCAUACAGCGCGCCGAAGAGCUCUAUCGCCAUAUCCUCAGCUGUACCCCUGAGGACCUGGACCUCGACGACCCCGUCGCCCUAGCGGCGACGAACGGACUUUCUCAGGUUAUCUCUCGGAAAAAGGGACCCGAUGCGGAGAUAUCAUUCUACGAGGACUGCGUCCGUUCAAGAAAAGAGCACCUGGGACCAAGACACUACGCUACUCUCGAAAUCCUCUUCAAGCUAGCAGAGCUUAGUUCCAGUCGAGGACGUUUUGAGAGUGCUCGAGGGCACUUUACAGAGUUGGUGGAAAGCCAGGAGGCGCAGUGGGGUGCUGGGCACCCGACAGUGCUAGCUGCAAUUCGCCAGCUCAGCUUGUUGUAUCGCAAAAGCAGCAUGGAAGCUGAAGAGGUGGAGCUCUUCGAGAAGGUAUCUAUUGCUCGCGAACAAUCUCUUGAAGCCGAUCACCCUUACACCCUGGACGCUUACCACCAUCUCGGAGUGCUGCUUGCUCGAAGGCAUGAUGGUUCACGUGCGGAGGCAAUGUACCGAUGGGCGCUGCGCGGACGAGAACAUACAUUAGGCAUGGAUCACCCUAGCACCCUUGAAUCUCUUUCCAGGCUUCGAUCCCUCUUAGUCGACCUGGGGAACGAAGAUGCCAUAGACGAACUACUCGGGAAAGUCCGAGAGAAACGACAUAAGCAGUUAGGUCCGACCCACCCCCUCUCCCUCAAAAUCGAUCACGAGCUGGCCAUCCGACUCGUAAAAACAGACCCCGGAACUGCCCAAUCAAUACUACAGCAGACACUGCUUGCCAAAGAGGAAGUCUUAGGGAUGGAUCACACGUCGACACUGGACACCUUACACGUCCUCGAGGGCCUCCUAUCCGACCGCGACGAGGAUAGAACACUACACGAACAACGACUUGCACUAGCUCGCGAAGAAAAGCUUGGACGAGACCAUACUCUCACACGCAGGGCCAUGAGAAGAGCCGGUAUUUCAGCGUUUCACGCAGACCACAAUGAGGAGGCCGCAUCACUCCUAGAACGGUCCAUGAACGAUGAUCCCGCGAUCCACCGUCGCAGCGACGCCUACGACAUCUAUGCCUUGGCCUGGUGUUACAUGAAUCUGAGGAAAGUCCCGCAAGCCGGAGUCUUACUCUUGAAGGCACUACGAAAAUUACCGAGCAUCACCGACCCUGGGGUAAAAGCGUACGCAGAAAUCCGUCUUCUGAUGCGGCUUGCCCAAGUCUAUAAGCGGCAGCAAGCUUAUGAGGCUACAGUAUCCACAUACGCAAAGAUCUUGGAUGCGUUGGACGACAGACUAGUGGAAGAGGAGAAUCCUGGCGCUCGGUUAAACACCCUCAGUGCUCUUUCAUCGGUGCACAGAUCCCACAGAUCGUGGAGCGACGCUAUCGUGACGGGCGAACAGGCUCUUCGAUUAGCUGAAGAUGAGAAGGGCAAAGAGCAUCCUGUUACAUUGGAACAGCUGGAGAUGCUCUGUGAGGUAUACGAUCUGUCGGGCAAUAGGCGGAAAUCCAAGGAGCUGCGGAAAGAGUUGGAUAGACGGAGACCGGCUCCGGAGAAGCAGUCUUUCUUUAAGCGGUUUUCGCGGACUUCAGACUGAGGAAAGGUUGUGAGAAUAUGUUUUCAAGAUUUAGUGCAGAAUUUUCAUGUCCAUGCCCUCUCAUUGGUAACUAUGAGGAUUGAGACAUGGACACGGGGGUAAACGCCUUAUUAGUUCUG